UCCGAUCUUCAUCAACCGCCGGAGAAUUUAAGCCGGUCAUGCGUUGCAUGGGCGAGCGGUUUCCGUUUAGCGCACGGGAAGCGUGACGUGACGCCGACGCGUCCUCACCCUCACCACCCCGCCACGGUUGCCUCCCGCCUCCUCCCUCUCUCCUCCCUUGCCUCCCCCGAAAGCGGCAACCCGCGCGGGCUCUUGUCCGGCACGCUGGGUGCUGGCAGCAGUGAGACGUUGCACUGCACGGCUGCUCUCCUCUCCUCCUUUUCUUGCUCGCGCCAAGGAGAUCGAGAGAUCCAUAAAUGGGCUCGCCGACGCCAUUACGCCCCACCGCCGCAGCCGGCGCCAGCAGUUACUCCCUCCACCGGCGGCGGGCGCGGCUGGGCGCGGGUUUAAGAAGGCCGCGGGUGCGGCGGUGCAAGAUGAAGCUCAUGUACUUCCUCAUGGACAGGGACGAGCAGCGCAACAAGCGCCUCGAGCUCGAGUUCGAGGUGUCGGAGCUGGAGACGGUGCUCGAGAAGGAGCAGCUGCUGGGCAGGGUCCUGCAGUGCUCGCUGCAGGGGCGGGUCGUCUGCCAUUGCUGCCUCUCCGCGCUGGUUCCUUCCAAGGUCAGGGGCCUGCUUGGAGAGCUAGCAAUGGUGGAGGACGAGAUAUUCUACCUCGAGAAGAAGGUCGACGACCUGCGCCUGCGCCUGCGCCGGGAGCAGAAGUGGACCGACCAGUGCAUUGCUCAGCAGCAGCAGCAGAGCUGGCCGCAGAACCGCCAGCAGAGGUACACCUUGUCCAGGAGGGAGCUCCAAGGAGCCGAGCAGCUACCGAAGCUACCUUGUCCAGGCAGCGAUGAAGCUCUUCGAUGUGAAAGCAAGGCUUCUGUUGGAACUGCCUCUGCCAAAGGCGAGGAGUUGGAGAACAUCAGAAGGAGCAGCCACUGCCACUCACCCGAGAGUCUGACGCCCCCCGAGAGGAAAAUCUGCUUGAACAGCCCAAACAAGCUCUCCGAGGAGCUGGUCAGACUGAUGGUGACCAUCUUCCACAGGCUGAACAAGACAGCAGACGCAUCAGAGCUGGAGCUGAGCAGCACCUCAAAGCUCAACAUCUCCUGCAUCGGCUCCAGAAGCCUUGUCCCUAAGGCUGCUUCUGUGAGCGCUGCUGCAGUGAUGAGCCCUCUCAAGAACCGUAGCAGGACGCCGAAAAGCGACCGUGGAGCAGAAAAGGAGACCGAGUGCCACAAGAGAUUCGUAGAGUUCACGAGAGGCUCGAUCGAUGUAAGCCGUCUUUCGUUGUGUCUACUGGACAUAAAGAACUUGAGAGCCUUGAUGCAAAAGCUUUGCACCGUCUGUCCGAUCUUCCUGACGAACAAGCAGAAGCUGGCGUUUUGGAUCAACAUCUACAACUUCUGUGUGAUGCAUGCGUUUCUUCAGCAUGGUUUACCUCCAUCCCCAGACAAGCUUCUUGCACUGCUGAAUCAGGCUUCAGUGAACGUGGGAGGAACAAUGCUGAACGUUUUGUCGAUCGAGCAUCUCAUCCUGAGGCACUCUCCUGAAGGCAUACAAGGAAUCAUGGGCGAAGGGCAGAGGGAUCUGCUGCACUCCUACGGGCUAGGGUACCCUGAGCCCAACGUGGUCUUCGCGCUCUGCAACGGCAGCCGCUCCUCGCCAGCACUGCGCGUAUACACGGCGGAGGACGUGUCGAACGAGCUGGAGCGGGCCAAGGUGGAGUACCUGGAGUCGUCGGUGCGCGUCGUCGGCAGGAAGCAGCGCGCCGUCGUCGUGCCCAAGCUGCUGCACUGGCACAUGCGCGACUUCGCCGAUGACGCCGCGUCGCUGCUGGAGUGGGUGCACAGCCAGCUGCCCCGGACGUCGGGGCCGCUCAGGCGGGCGAUCAGGGAGGUCCUGGGCGCGAGCAACGCCAGGGCGGUGCCGGCGCCGGCGCCGGCGGCGAAGAUGGUGGAGGUCGAGCCGUACGACGCCGAGUUCUGCUACCUGCUGCCCGUCUGAUGAGCUAGCGUUCAUGCAUGGUCUUGGCCGAUCGUUCAGGACACGGCAGCUGCGGGUUUUUUGCUGUGUACGUUCUUGUCGAGGAGUGUUCUUCUCUAGCAUUUGUGCAGUGCAAGGUGACAAUGCUGUGGAGUGUGCACUAGUAAUACCGUUUGACAGUGUAGAUCGGUGGUGUUGUGUUGCGAUCGAAAUAAAUAAAAAGAAGUAAUUACAUACCUUAUUAAUAAGAUAUUUAUUUUU